CAGCUGUUCCACACUGUUACGUCAAAAUAAAGUAGUGAAAAGGUGCAAAUUCCCAACGAGUUAAAUAAAAACUAUUUCCGAGUCCGGAAAACGCGUUGCAAGUGGCAUCAUCGAGUGGCCAAGUGUAUGUGGAACAUGAGGACACUGACGGCGGCCGAGACGUAGUGGCUGUCAGGCAGAGUGGAGCUGUCCUUAUCAGCAGAGUGGAGCAAGGGCAAAGCGAAAAGAGCGGAUAGUGUGCGUUGGCCACAGGUCCGCGGGGUCACACAUUGCCCCCGCCUCCACUCAACGUCAAGUUCAAGCGGCGUUCGGCUCGGAUUUCGAAGUGGGGAAUCGGCCUGUAUCUUCGGCUUUCCUUAACCACCACAGCUCACCUGGGCUGGGAAUACCUACCACACCUGGCGGCGCGCACGCGCGCAUCGUUUAAAAAAAAAGUUGGCUGGCAAAAACACUUCGUUGGAGCUGUUGGAGCCAGACGCAAGCAAACCGCGCUUCGCCUCGAAACCGCCUGUGGAAAACAACCCCAAAGUCAGACCGAAAUCGCCGCGCUUUUCAAAAUCGCAGAUCCUGCGACUCAUAAAAAAAGCAAAAAUAUUAAGGAAACCAAUAAAUAUCAAGGAAUAAUGCCGCUUACUAUUCAAUGAGUGACUCGUCCUGAAUUCUGUGUAAAAAAGCACUGGCCUACUCUGCCCGAAAACCUACGAAAAUUAUUGAAAAAUAGUAACAAACCUAACAAAAUAUUAAAAUAAAUCAAAAAUGGCCUGCUUGAGCACUUCCGGUCGCGUUGUGUGCGGUUCUCGUCGCCAGCAGACGCACAAGCUGCUGUAUCAGCUCUUCGGCACCAGUUCGAGCUCCGUUUCCGGUUCCGGUGUCGGUUCGCGUCCAGGAUAUGCGGGGAAUCCCCAUUCCGGCUUGACCCAGCCCAAGACACAGCUGCAGGCCCAGCGAUUAUUUCACGGAUUAAGCUUUAACAUCGGCAAGGAUUACCCCGAUCUGCUGCAAAGUUCGCACAGCUGCAGCCACAGCCUCAAGUACUCGCAGUGCUCCAAGACGAAUCUCCGCCAGCAUAGUUCCGUGCACACACAGCAGCCGGCGGGUCCUGUCCGGGAGUUCCAGAUCGAUCCAUAUAUCAUACUCGAUGAUGACCUCAAGUACUUUUACGAUGACGUGAGAUAUCUGCUAAAAUCGGGGACAUCGCAACCGGAGUUGGACACUAUUGCCAGUUAUUACUUUGAUGGCCAAGGAAAGGCGCUGCGACCCAUGGUCACCAUGCUAAUGGCCAAGGCGAUAAACUAUCAUCUGAAUAACGAGUCACACCAAUUAGUACACAAACAACGACAGAUCGCCCUCUUCUCGGAGAUGGUUCACUCGGCCAGUUUAGUGCACGACGAUGUCAUCGAUCAGUCGGACUUCCGACGCGGCAAGCCCAGUGUUAAUGCUCUAUGGAAUCAUAAAAAGGUCACAAUGGCUGGUGAUUACAUCUUAUCGAUUGCCUCGAUUAUGAUUGCACGUCUGCGCAGUGAUGAUGUUACGAUUGUACUGAGUCAGAUUUUAACCGAUUUGGUUCAAGGCGAGUUCAUGCAGCUCGGCUCAAGGGAAACGGAGAAUGAGCGUUUUGCGCAUUACCUGACCAAGACAUACAGGAAGACCGCAUCACUGAUUGCCAACGCACUGAAGGCGACCGCCGUGAUUGCCCAAGCAGAUGACAAUGUGGCCGAGGUGGCCUUCCAAUAUGGACGCAACAUUGGCCUGGCCUUUCAGCUGGUCGACGACAUGCUCGACUUUGUCUCCUCCACCGAGCAGAUGGGCAAGCCAACGGCGGCGGAUCUGAAACUGGGCCUGGCCACCGCCCCAGUGCUCUUUGCAUGCGAAAAGUACCCCGAACUGAAUCCGAUGGUGAUGCGACGCUUCAGCGAGCCCGGGGAUGUGGAGCGUGCCUUUGAGCUGGUGCACAAGUCACAUGGCCUGGAGCAGACCCGUUUCCUGGCCAAGAAGCACUGCAACGAGGCGAUACGGCUGGCCCAGGAGCUGACGGAGUCGCCGUAUCAGAAGGGACUGCAGGUCGUCGCCGAUUUAGUCAUCAAUCGCAUGAAGUAACACUUAACGUAAUCAUAUUAAUCGUAUGCAAUAAUAAUAAUGUUAUGUAGGCCACACAGUCGAUGUUUCGGUUAAGUUUUGUCAGCCAGUGAGCUUGCAAGGAUAACGUAAAAUUGUAAACAAAAGAAUUAUUAUUUAGUUUUUAGGCAUUUGUUGUUGACACUGUAAAUAAUUGCAUAAACAAAUCAAAACGAAAAGAAAAACAAACAAAAAAUCAACACAAUUUACGGCUAACUACGCUGUACAUACAUAACUAUAUAUAUGAGAUGUUUAAAGAAUUUUUAACAAAUUUUAUAUGC